CAGCCUGAAUACUUGAACUGAAGCACUUCGGAAGACGCAGCUUUCCCUGCCUGUGCAGAUUGUUUCUGUGCUUGUUUUCCUCAUAGUAGCAGAGUUCUGGAUAGUGACUUCGUAGGAAGAUAGGUUUCUGAUUUUAAAAGCACCAUGAGGCAUCUACUUCCACGGGGGCAGAAGCCCCCCGUGGUUUUAGAGUGCCAGUCUCUGAGAUGUCACUGAGCAGUGAAAGGCAUGUAGAUACGUCGACGCUGAAGAAGAUUGCUGCAGACAUGAGCAGCGUAAUAGAGAGCCUGGACACGAGGGAACUCCACUUUGAGGGGGAAGAGGUGGAUUCGGAGGUGCUAAGUGAUCCAAAAGUCGCUGUGAGCAUUCCAUUCUCUGCAAUUUAUCACACGUGUGGAUUCAAAGAGCCGGAUGUACAGACGUAUCUCAAGGGCUGUCCUAUCAGAGUGCGUGUUUUGGAAGUUGAACGUUUUACUUCAACAAGGAAGGUACCAAGUCCAAAUGUUUACACUAUUGAGUUAACACACGGAGAAUUCACAUGGCAAGUGAAAAGGAAGUUCAAGCACUUUCAGGAAUUUCACAGGGAACUGCUGAGGUACAAGGCUUUUAUGCGCAUCCCAAUCCCUACACGGAGUCACACAGUGAGAAGACAAUCUAUCAAAAGGGGAGAGCCAAGGCAGAUGCCAAGUCUGCCGCAUACCUCAGAGAGCACAGUCCGAGAAGAGCACUUCUCUAGCAGGAGGAAACAGCUGGAAGACUACUUGACAAAGAUCUUAAAAAUGCCAAUGUACAGGAACUACUAUGGAACAAUGGAAUUCAUUGGAGUAAGUCAGCUGUCUUUCAUCCAUGAUCUAGGACCAAAGGGCAUAGAAGGUUUGAUCAUGAAGCGGUCCGGGGGCCACAGAAUACCUGGCCUGAACUGCUGCGGCCAAGGAAGGAUGUGCUAUCGAUGGUCCAAAAGGUGGCUGGUAGUGAAAGACUCUUUCCUGCUGUACAUGAAGCCAGAUACUGGGGCCAUUGCCUUUGUCUUGCUGGUAGAUAAAGAAUUCAACAUUAAGAUAGGCCAGAAAGAAACAGAAACUAAAUAUGGGUUGCAGAUCGACAAUCUCUGUAGGUCACUGAUUUUGAAGUGUAACAGCUACAGGCAUGCCCAGUGGUGGAGACAGGGAAUAGACGAAUUCAUUCGGAAAAAUGGCAAGAACUUUCUAACAGAGCACAGAUUUGGGUCUUACGCAGCCGUGCAGGAGAACACGUUGGCGAAGUGGUAUGUAAAUGCUAAGUGGUACUUUGAAGAUGUUGCAAAUGCCAUGGAAGCAGCUAAAGAAGAAAUUUUCAUCACAGAUUGGUGGCUGAGCCCGGAAAUCUUCAUGAAACGACCUGUUGUAGAAGGCAAUCACUGGAGACUGGACUGCAUUCUCAAGCGGAAGGCACAACAAGGAGUGAGAAUUUUUGUUAUGCUGUAUAAAGAGGUGGAGCUUGCUCUAGGAAUCAACAGCGAAUACAGCAAGCGGACACUCAUGCGUCUCCAUCCAAACAUUAAGGUGAUGAGACACCCAGACCAUGUGUCCUCAUCCGUGUACCUCUGGGCUCACCAUGAGAAGCUUGUCAUCAUUGACCAGUCCGUAGCAUUUGUUGGCGGCAUUGACUUGGCCUACGGCAGGUGGGACGAUGAUGAGCAUCGCCUGACUGAUGUUGGCAGUGUUAAACGCAUGAUGACUACAAAGUCAGUGUCGACAAUCAAUCUAGCAUCUGCAGCUGAGUCGUCUGAACAUAUUGCCCUGGAAUCUCAAGUUAUGUCCCCAGAAAACCAUCUGCUCCAGAGAAAUGCUGAAGAUGCCUCAGACGUUUCAAAAAUGAAAGGGAUAGGAAAAACCAAGAAGUUCUCAAGGUUCAGUAUUUAUAAGCAUCUCCAGAAACAUGGCAUGCACCAUGCUGAUAGCAUCAGCAGCAUAGACACUGAGUUAAGUUAUUGUAACCCCACUAGAAGUCAACCGAAUAUAAUCCAGAGUUUAAAACCCCAUCUGAAAAUGUUUCAUCACCACACUGAAUCCAAACAGGGGCUCGCUGAGCCUCAGGAGGGUAAAGGGUCAAUCCGCAGCCUGAAGACAGAUGUUGGCGAGCUGCUUGGGGAAACCAGAUUCUGGCAUGGAAAAGAUUAUUGCAACUUUGUCUUUAAAGACUGGGUUCAGCUUGACAAACCUUUUGCUGAUUUCAUUGACCGGCACACCACACCAAGAAUGCCGUGGCACGACAUCUCCUCCGUGGUGCAUGGCAAAGCUGCACGCGACGUGGCGCGUCACUUCAUUCAGCGCUGGAACUUCACCAAGAUCAUGAAGCCCAAAUACCGAUCCCUUUCCUACCCAUUCCUGUUGCCAAAAUCUCAGCAAACUGCUAAUGAGCUGAAGUACCAGGUGCCUGAGGCUGUUCGUGCCACAGUCCAGGUGAUCCGUUCUGCUGCUGACUGGUCAGCCGGCAUAAAAUACCACGAAGAAUCCAUCCAUAAUGCGUACGUCAGCGUGAUAAAAAACAGCAAGCACUACAUAUAUAUAGAAAACCAGUUCUUUAUUAGCUGUGCUGAUGACAAAGUUGUCUGGAACAAGAUAGGAGAUGCAAUUGCUCAGAGGAUUCUUAAAGCUCACAGGGAAAACAAACGUUUCCGAGUGUAUGUGGUGAUCCCGCUGUUGCCUGGAUUUGAAGGAGAUAUUUCGACUGGCGGCGGGAAUGCGCUGCAGGCCAUAAUGCACUUCAAUUACAGGACCAUGUGCAGAGGAGAAAAUUCAAUUCUGGGCCAGCUGAAGGCAGAGGUUGGAGAUAAAUGGAUAAACUACAUAUCAUUCUGUGGACUUCGAACAUAUGCAGAGUUGGAAGGAAAACUAGUCACUGAACUCAUCUACGUUCACAGCAAAUUGCUUAUUGCUGAUGACAACACUGUCAUAAUCGGCUCUGCUAACAUCAACGACCGCAGCAUGCUUGGGAAGCGGGACAGUGAAAUAGCAAUCAUUGUGCAGGACACGGAAACCACCCCUUCCGUGAUGGAUGGAGAGCCCUACAGCGCUGGAAAGUUUGCUCAGUCUCUCCGCCUUCAGUGCUUUAGGGUUGUACUUGGUGGCUCUGAUCUCAGUGCAGACCACCAGGAUCCUGUCUGUGACAAAUUCUUCAAGGAGGUGUGGAUUGCGACAGCAGCCCGCAAUGCCACCAUCUUCGAUAAGGUUUUCCGAUGUCUUCCCAGUGACCAGGUGAAUAACUUAGCCCAACUGCGUGAUUUCAUCAACAAACCAAAAUUAGCAAAUGACGAUCCUGUGAAAGCAGCAGAAGAAUUGAAAAAGAUUCGUGGGUUUCUAGUACAAUUCCCCUUUCGUUUUCUGGAGGAAGAAUACUUGCUUCCAUCUGUUGGAACAAAAGAAUCCAUGGUGCCAAUGGAGGUUUGGACUUAGGAAGAUUGAGACUGCUUUAUGCUUUAAAGUCCAGUUCUCUAAAAACAAGUUGAUGAACAGUAUAGGAUU